ACCUGUCCUACCACUUACAAUCUAUCGGCCGGUUAUUUGUGAUUUUUUUUUUUGGUUCUUUCUCCACCAACUGUCUGCCAUCAUAUUCGCAUUUGCUCUACCAUGGUAGUGCCAUUAGACGCUUGUACGUCACUAAAAUCAAGCUAUCAACUCGACCAAAUCGAUUAUCAUGACGAACUAGCGCCUGUUGCUAUAGCGAGUGGCUACCGGUUAAGCGACAAGCAGCCAGUCAUAGUCAAACUCUCCACAUAUGCCAACAAGCUUGAAAACGAAUAUCAGAUAACAACACGAUUAUCAGCGUCGAAAGUAGACGGCCAAUACCUUGUUAAACCGAUCGAGCUAAUUUCAGAAGAAAUAACCGCCUUAGUUUUUGAGGAUGACGGUUACAAAGUAUACGAUGGCAAGCUGCUGUCCUUAGGCUCGACGCCGUACGCACGAUAUCAAACCAUUAGAAAUUUCCUCAAACUAGCAGUGCAGAUUUGUGAAUGUCUCGGUCACAUUCACUCUCACAAAGUCGUCCACGCUGGUAUACGGCCAUCUUCAUUCCUAUAUCAGCCUGAUUCCAAGAAUAUUAGAAAAAUCUGGGAUUUUGAGACUAGCAGUCGUGCCCCAGAAUCAAUCAUAUCCAUAAUGGACAGAAUGCAUAUGCGAAAGCAGUUUUCGCAGACCAUGUCAAACGAACAGUUGGCUUACUUGGCUCCUGAACAAACUGGUCAAACGGCAUAUCAAGUAGAUAAUCGGACAGACUUAUACAGUCUUGGUAUCACCUUUUUCUUCAUGCUUAGCCAAGGUUUACCAUUUAUGGAUCAAGACCCAAGGAUAAUUUUGCGUAAUAUUUUGACGAAACCACUGCCAUUGACUGAAGAACUGAAGGCAACGUAUCCUCCAAUCAUUUGGGCUAUUGUAGAGAAGCUUACAAGCAAAUAUCCACAUGAUCGAUAUCAAUAUGUCACCUCAUUGCAUGCAGAUUUAGUACGGUUACAGGCGGUGGAGGGCGAAGCUGCACUCCGAGAUAUCAACUUCGAAUUAGGUGUCGAUAAUAAUUCCUUCAGCUUUGAGAUGUCGAAUAAGACCGUCGGAAGAACUGCAGAGCUACAUACGAUUUCAAACGCCAUUAGAGCUGCAGCCGAUCGUCGCAACAGUUCUAAUCAAAGUAGUCCUCCAACCAUUGUCUCCGAUGGCUCACGUAGCUAUUUUGCGAAUGUAAUUGACGAGUAUGAAGACCUCCAAGAGCUGCAAGAGAUAGACAGUGACGACGAAGAAGCCACUCAGAAAGCUGAAGCGAGAAAUGCAACGGUGAUAGCUAUACAUGGAGAUGAAGGUAUUGGGAAAACCAAGAUCACGCUAUGCGGUCAAGAGUACGCCCGGCGCCAUGGCUAUGUUGCUACAGCUAGUCUGAAUUCUCUGCAAGUUUCCCCUUACCAUUAUGUGUUGCUGAGCUUAAAGCAUCUAUUGCGAAGGGUGCUAUCUGAAUCUGACGAGGAGAUUGAGCUGUUCAAAUCAAUUCUGGAUCACUGUUUGCGUAAAAGUGGAUUCCGGGAUAUUCGUGGCUUGCCUGCUGAAGUUCUGGAUCAACUUGAAGAUAUUGGCGAGUUUUUCAAUUACCGCGAUGAACCUUUAAGGACAGGGUUUCAUCACGUAGCAACAUUUUUUGAAACAAAAACAUUGUAUCAUCGUGCCAUUUCAAGCAUCUUUCGUGCCUUGACCACCUUCAGGCUUUGUACCAUAAUUUUUGAUGAUUUGCAUCACACCGACGAAUCUUCUCUAGAACUCCUGAAUACCAUUGCCACUACCAACCGCAGACUUGUACUUGUAUUUACCUAUCGAACUGACGAAAUAACUCCAGCACUUCAGCUUUUCGCUCAAUACUUUAACAAGAGCCUUGUAGACAUCAAGCUUCCUCCAUUGGAAUAUUCAGAUAUUGUAACCUUAAUUGCAGCCUCAUUCAACCGCAAAGAAUUUACUGAUCGCGCCGACCUGUUACCUAUGGUGGAUUUGAUAUACCGUGAUUCUUUGGGCAAUGCCUAUAAAAUAUCACAACUGCUCAAGAGUUUGGCGAGUCGCAAUAUAAUUUACUACGACGUAGACGAACAGUAUUGGGAUUAUGAUUUUGAAGAGCUUCGAGCAGCUACAACUGUAAAUCAAGAUAGCGAUGAACCGGUUUCUGAUACUGACUAUAUCGCCUCACAAAUAGAAAGUAUGCCAGUGGAAGGUCAGGAAUUGUUGAAAUGGGCAUCUCUAAUGGGAAUGAACUUUUCGUUUCAAACGGUAUCUCAGCUUAUGGCGGCCGAUGAUUAUAAGCAUAAUUUGGAUGGUACAUCAUUAGAGCUAUGCGACUCGGACGACGAGGAAUCAUCUACUGACUCCAUGUCAAAAUCUUCACUUGGUCUACAACAUGCCCUUGAACAUGGCUUCAUCCAUGCUUCUGGACUAGAUGAUUAUACUUUUGCACACAAGCGAUAUUUACGCGCCGCUGCAACGAUGAUCGAUGAGGAGCAGAAAGCAAAUAUGCGAAGCAAAAUUGCGCAACGCUAUGCCACGGAAUCUAGCCUUGAUGUCUUUUGGGUAGCAAACCAUUUACUUGGAGCAUUCCGGAUCAUAAGCAAAUUGGAAAAGAAAGCCAUCUAUCGAAAAAUUCUAGUCCAAGCGAUGGAUAAGGCUAAUGCAAAUGGGGUACAGGAUAUGGCAUUGAAGUACUGCAAAUCCGCACGCGCACUAUUAGCACCAUCACCUUGGGUUGACGGUGAAGAUUCCAGCUACGAUGAAACGCUGCAUAUUUAUCACAACCUCUCUCAAUUACACUGCUUUUUUGCUCAUCAGGCCGACAGUCGAGCUGCAGCUGACGAAAUUAUUUACAAGGCGAGGAACGGCAUCGAUCGCUCACGCGCUUAUAAAGUGAUUUAUUUGCAUCUUUAUGCUUCCAAAAAAUACGAAGAGAGUAUUAAACUCUUGGAAAUCUCCAUUGACGACUUGGGUCUCAUCACGGUUGCAAGACAGGCACAGAAGGAACAAGUUGACAAAUCGUACAAUAGACUUGAACAUGAGAUAUCGGCGAUUGGAAUGGAUAACAUACUGAGUAUUGAACCUUCUCAAGACCCUAUUUUGCAUGCUACCAUGGUGAACAUGGAACAACUAUGUAUUUCUCUUUUCUGGAAAGGCGAGCAUACCUCACUAUUUGCGAAUACAAUUACCAUAAUAGAAGCGUCUCUCAAACAUGGCCUUUCCGUGGCUUCUGGGACCGCGUUCACUAUCCUUGCACCUUUUAUUGCGACAAGAUACGGAAAAUACCAAUUCGGUUGUGACAUUGCGCAAUUAGGUCUUCAAAUUAGUGAGAAGUAUGGAAAUCACUCCCAAAAGGCACGGACCGCCUUUUACUAUUAUACCUUUAUGAGCACUUUCAACAAUCACAUCGAGAAAGACAUAGCACCUUUGCGAGCAGCAUAUGACAAUGCUGUUCUCUCUGGCGAUGCUAUGUUUGCACGAUAUAUUCCUGUACGUAUUGCAGUUGCCAUGUAUUUUAGUGGUAUGCCAUUGGAUCAAGUCAUGAAGGAAGCUUGGGACAGUAGUGUCAAGAUUAGAAAUUGGACAACCUCAACUGAGAGUUAUAACUUGAUCAAGGCAGUUAAAAGAAACAUUCUCGCCUUACAAGGAAAAACUUACGGCACUGCAGAAGGCAUUUUCGACGAUGACGAGUACAAUGACAAUGACUUCAUCGAGGAAUCUUUUCCAACCGGAGAACAAAGUGAUGCAGUCAUGAACUGGCAUUAUUCGUACAAGAUAAUGUGCUUAUAUAUGUUUGGUCACGACGAUUUUGCUAUCGAGCUCGCCUUUAAAUGCUUCAACAUUUUGGACAGCCAGCCAUGUCAUCGUCACACUCGUUGGAUGCUUUUUUAUUUCAGCCUUUCGCUCAUUCGAAAAUUGCACCAGAAAACAGUCGCGGAUGAUGUGCGGGUGCGAUACAUGGAGCAAAUUCGUGUAAACAAGUCAUUGAUUGAAGAAUGGUCGCAGAUAUCGCCUAUCAACUAUCAGAUGUAUGUGAUUGCUCUUGAUGCAGAGCUGGCCUCUUUGGACAAUCAACUACACAUCUCACAAAAACAUUACGAAAAGGCUUUGAAAUUGGCUCGAGCCGGUGGCUGGAACGUCGAAAUUGCAUUGUUUUAUGAGCUGCUUGGCGAACAUCAUAUACGACAAGAUAACACUUUCGUAGCCGAGGCUAUGCUACAAAAAGCACUGUCGGCUUAUAGUGCUCACGGCUCAUAUGGAAAAGCUCGUCAAUUACGAGGUUAUCACAAGGAUUUGGAAUUGAUAGAUUCCUUGCCUAUAGAAGUCUCAGUUCAGACUGAAUUUGCCAGAGUUGAUAUAAACGUUGAGCGUUCAAGUGCAAAGGAAUCUACUGAAUCUUUUCAAUAUGGGGAAACAGACGAAAACUUGAUGUCUUUGGAAAUUGCUGAUCUGGCUUCUAUUCUCAAGAGUGGUCAGAUUAUAUCCAGUGAGAUGAAUUUUGACUUGCUCAUGAAGCAAAUGCUCGAAGUAAUUCUGGAAAGCUCAGGCGCAGAUAGCGGUGUCAUUAUCGUCAAGGAUGGCACAGAAUUGAACAUUGUGGGCAAAGGUUCUAAAACUUCUGGCUGCAGAUAUCUAUCUCCUCCAGAAAGGUUAGAAAGCUCUAUAGACCAUGUUCUGGUUCGUAUUGCUCUCCAUACCAUGCAAGUUUCCGAGCCGACAAUUGUCACAGACUCGAUGACAAGAACAACCUUCUUGGAUGAAUACUGCUCUAUCAAGUCUGCAAUUUGCACGCCAAUUCUUUACAAAGGGGUAUUGAUAGGAUGUGUCUUCAUCGAAACUUACCAAAAGUACCUAUCAGGAAGACAAGUAAGAUCAUUACAGGCUCUGACUAGGCAAAUUGGCAUCUCCGUCACCAACGCAAGGCUUUUCAACAGUCUUCAAGGCGCUAUGAAGGAUAACGCAAAGAUGAUCGAGAGGCAGCAAAUUGCUUUGAGAGACGCCAAAGAAAGCAGAGAGGCAGCUAUAAAGGCGAAUAGAGCCAAAUCCAACUUUUUGGCGACCAUAUCGCAUGAACUACGAACGCCUUUUGCUGGGUUUUACGGCAUGAUAUCACUGUUAACGGAAACUGAUUUAGACGAUGAGCAGUUGGAUAUCGUUGAAACCGCCAAAGAAUCUUGUCAAAUGUUACUGAAGAUUAUAGACGAUUUACUGGAUUUCAGUAAGCUUGAGGCGCAUAAAGCCUUACUAGACCUUGGCCCCACCAGUGUACCUGACGUUAUUGCUGACGCCAUUGAUGUUAUGGCUUCGUUGGCCAUACAAAACAAUGUCAAUGUAACAUACUCUGUCGACCAUCAGGUGCCGAGUACUGUAUUAGCCGACGCUGCUAGACUACGACAAAUUUUCCUCAAUCUCAUAGGUAAUGCCAUCAAGUUCACAAAAAAUGGAGAUGUCCAGGUGAAUUGUCAGCUUGAUAGCAGAGAUACACAUCAGGAUGGCGUGUAUGCAACUCUUCGUUUUGAAGUCAUUGAUACUGGUAUUGGAAUUGCUCCUGAACAGCAAAAAGGUCUUUUUGAGCCUUUUGCUCAAGUCGACGGCAGUACAACUAGGCUUUACGGUGGAACUGGACUAGGUCUUUCAAUCUGUUUGCAGUUGAUACAACUCAUGUCUGGUUCAAUAGGAGUGAUAUCUGAAGGAAAGAGCAAAGGCUCAACCUUUUGGUUUACCGUUCAAGUUAAAUGCGUUUAUCCCACGCAGUUGACAAGGUCGAACUCUCAUUUGAAAAAGCUCAGCAGCAACAAAAUUCUUCUGGCCACUACACACCUACCAACUGCGAAGAUGGUCCAAUCAAUGACGCCAGAUUUGACAAUUACUGUGAAAGAACUCACAAAUGAUCUGUUUUCAGACUGUCACAGUAUCGAUUUGUUGAUUAUAGAUCUGCCAUUGAUACAACAGCCAGGUCUUUGUGAGGAACUCCAAUCGCUAAUCAAAACAAAAAAGCUGACCUGCGAAACAAUAGUUUUAUAUCAUUCCUCUGUUGAUUGGCACCGUAGACUACUUGGAGAUGAAAAUUACUGGAAGGAGUAUACACCCAGCGCCAGAAUAACUAAGCCGCUUCGCAGAGAGGUUUUCACGAAAGCUCUAUUGGAAAUACUAUCGGUACCGAUAUCCCAACGGGAAGUAAAGGAAGAAACCAAACCAAAUCCAAGUUCAGGGUCGAGGAAUAAAACAUUCUGGACUGUGAAGGAAGAAGUUUGGAUUAGUACACACAACAAUGUUUUGAUUGCAGAAGAUAACCCCGUUGCGCAGAAACUGCUCGUUAGACAGCUUCAAAAACUUGGAUUUGCAGUUGAAAGUGUGAAGGAUGGAGAAGAGGCUAUAAAUAUAUUUACGUCCAGUAAAAGAGAUCAUUUCUCUUUUGCAAUUUUCGAUCAUCACAUGCCCAAGUGUGAUGGCCCUGAAGCAGCGGCACGCAUUCGCCAUAUCGAAGCUACAGAUAAUCUGAACAGAAUGCCCAUAUUUGCAUUGACAGCUGAUGUGAGAGCAAUUGCGCGAAAAGCGUCGGAACAAAACGGUAUGGAGGACUACCUUACGAAGCCUUUGAUAAUGGAGCGUCUAGUGGCUGCCAUAAGGAACCACUGUAUGCAUUCUAGUACGGCAACCUUGUAAAUAGCAUCUAGAUGAUCCUGCUUGCUUGUAUAUUAAUUUGACAUCAACUACUACCUACUUACUGCAAACGGGCUGUAUUUUAGGAAAUGGAGGUCAUGUUCAGUGAUGUGAUUCUCACACCUAAGUUUAAAGAAACAUUUUUUC